GGGCAUGGUCACGUGGGAGGCGCUAGCACGCUGCACGACGCUAACCCUCCAGUCGAAAAUCCUCCUGGCUUCUUCACCUCUUGCUUAUCUCGACCGCAUUCGUUCGCUUUCACCCCUGUCUCCGUGCCAGCCGAUCACAUCGGGCCCUGGUGCGGUCUUUGUCUUUGGCUAGUUGCUGCUCUGUGGUGAUUUCCACCAUAUCUGCCCUGCUAGCCACUGAUGCCGGCCGCCAAAGCAUCCCCCGUCGCAUCUUCCGAGUCCAUUCUCGUCAAGAUGGAAGACCGGAAGAGAGCCGCAGUCUACGACCCUAAUGAUUCUGUUCCUCCCUCGAAGAAGCAGGCAACAUCUGUGAAUGGUAGCGCUAAGCCCCAUCCAGAUGCGGAUAUGCCAUGGAAAGAUGAUCUGGAGCGAUUCCAAAAAGACGCGAUAUGGCGGCAGAUGCAGGAAUACAAACGCGAGAAAGUUGCUCUAGAGACAAGGCUGAAGGAAACGGCUAAAGCAACAGCUUAUUACAAUGACCAUCUUCGCAUUAUUGAUGCGUGGUUCAAUCAGAUCACCCUUCUUUUCGCAGCUCGCUACUUUUCGACGAUGUGGAGGAUUUUGAUAAACAUCUACAGUCAAGGACGGAGGGCAUCCGCGAGAUAGUGUCGCGCCUCUCGAAGAUAUCUUCGCAAAAUCCCCCCGAUAUCUCGGAUUUCCAAAGCCAGCUUGCGAAAAAGUUAGCAGAAGA